GCACGCACGAAACGCUCGACCGAGUGAAUCACGCACUCGCUCAACUCUUCGCAUGUCUCGCGUCUCGACGCUCAACCUCACGUCCAAGCUCGUCAACUGCGCGGCGUUGAAACGAACUUCUCGACACGCGCCGACCGCCGCGCGAUCGAUCAAGACGAUGGCGUCCAUUGAAAUCACGAAAGGCGUCACUUUCGACACCGUCGCUCGCGAAUGGCGAUGCAAAUGGAGCGAAGAUGCCGAUAAGGCCUCGCUCGCGGCGGCGCAAAAGGUGCUCGACAAGCACUUGCCGGCGAUGAAGGCGAAAGGCAAGGUCCAACGCACCGUGUGCGGCGGUUGCCUCGACUUCAAGGCGAACACGUCCAUGAGCGCUGACGCGUUCGGCGCUUGGGAAGCCGAAGGAUUCGCGCCGGAAAAGCAAUUCUUGGAAGAGCUCGCGGCGAUCCCUGGAAUCUCGAGCAUCGAAACGCAAACGUUCACUUUGAUGUCCAUGUAA